AUGAAUAAAAUCUUUAUUAUUGGUUUGAUUCUUGGUGUAAGCCUCUGUUAAUAAAGAACAGUUAUUGAUAGAUUGUAAGGCACUUAAGUUGUGGAAGAGAGAGAAGAUGAAACUAUAUAUAAUAUUCAUUAUUUUGAUAAUGAAGACCCAAAAGAAAAAUAUGAACAAUUGAUGAAUAAUUUGUUGAGUUUAAGUAAGUAUUUAUUUAAUUAAGAUCAAACACAACUUUUAACUUGUAAAAAGAGUGACAGUCAUGAAUUUUUUGGCAUGUCAUUUCAAAAUGUUGGAAGAAUUAACAAUGAUAUAAGAAAUAUAAAACUUAAAUAAUUCGAUGAUGAUUGUUACACUUCCAUGAAAGUGAGUUAUGAAUUUAAUGAUGCAGAAAACAGUGUUUAAGUGACCUUUAUUCCUGGAAAAUAUAAAAAUGGAAAAGAAUGCUCAGAAUUCUAUAUGAUUGGAACAACUUUAAAUUAUAACAUAGUAAAAGUUAAGAAAGGUAAAACAUUUUUUAUAUAAAUUUAUAUAGAAUAAGAUCAUAGAAUUUAUUUCCGUUUUAAAAAUGAAUAACAAAAGUAAGCAUUUAGAUUGGCUGGAGCUUAUAUUUUUAAAACAUGUGAUCAUUUUGAUUAUUGGAUAGGAGAUUUGUUAACAACAAUUGAAUUAUUUUUUGGUGGAUUUUCAGCAAAUCCUUAUUUAGGAUCAGUUUUUGGUAGUUAUCCUCCAAAUUGGAUGAUAAGAUCAAAUAUUGAAUUUAUUGAGAAAGCAACAGGAUAUAGAUGGUAAGAGAGACCAAAUGUUGAUGUUGAUUGGUCAGAAGAAGAAGUUCAUUAAGGAGAUUUUUUGGCAAUUACAAGAUUUGAUGGAUUAGAUUAAAUAAUAGAAUGGGGAACAGGUAGUAGAUCAGGACAUAGUGCAGUAAUAUUUGAAAUAGAUGGUGAAAAAUGGGUAGUAGAAUCAUAAGAUGCAUGGUAUUGGCCUAAAAAGAAUAUUUAAAAGAAUAAAUGGGAAGAUUGGAAAGUAUAUGCUAAAAAUGCAGGAUUUAAUGUUGCAAUAUUACCAUUAAGUCCAGAAAAAAGAGCAUAAUGGGAUUAAGAAGGAGCAUUAAAAUUUUGGAAUUUUAUGGAAGGAUAACCAUAUGGUUAUCAUAAUUUUAUAUUUGGGUGGAUAGAUACACCAAGAGAUAAUUAUCCAACUUUACUAAGCGCUGAAUUAGCUACUUAUAUAUUUUCAUUUAUAGAGAAAUUUGCUCCAAGUAUAUCAUCUAAAAUGAUUGGAGAAGGAUUAAAUAAGAGAUUAGGAACUGAAGGUUUAACAAUCCCUGAAAUUACAAUAGAAGCAGCAAAAAGAGGAAUAGAAAUUGUAUAUUAAUUAUAUAUAAAAUAAGGCUGAAUUAUAUGCAAUGGUAGAGAAAGAUGAAUGGAUUUAUAGUGAUGGACCAAGUUAAGUUUGCUCUUCUUUUGUUAUUGGAUUAUAUAAAGCAGCUGGUUUAUUUGGAUAAUAUCAUGUAGAAGCAACAGAGUAAUUUAAUUUUAGUAUUUUAUAGAUUUACUCCUAAAGAUGUUUAUUAAUUGAAUUUCUUUGAUAAGAAUUAUGUUGUUCCUGAAAAAUGUAAAAAAAAUGAUCCUGAUUUACCAUAUUGUUAAAUUAUGGGUACACAUAGAAUGGAACUUGAUGGAUAUAAUACUAUUGAUCCUUAUGAACAUAUGAAUGAAAGAUGUCCAAGUUAAGCUCCUUCUUAUUUCAGACCAGAUGAUUGUUGA